CGUGCGUGCCGACCGAGAGGAAGGACGUCCGUUCCUCCUCUGCGCACAGUGUUCCAAAAGGAAGUCUGCGGGGAUAAUGUAAUGCCCCCUGCUGAACAACUUCCCAGCGUGCCUCUUGAGUCUGCAACGGGAAUAAUCCUACAUAGAGGGAAGUACUGAGCUGAUUAUUUCAUGAGAAUGAUGACAUGCCUACAUAAGAAUAAGGACAGCUCCAAACGAAGGUGUGUGAAACACUUUUCUCUUAACGCCUGAAAACAGGGACCGAGGAGUCGAGAGGGGAGCAGAAACUUUGAUAAGCAAUUCGGUUGGAGUUUGUUUUCUUCCCAGUAUGGAGCAGGAAGAAUGCAAGGUAUCAGUAUGGGUCUGCCGGGAGGAGAAGCUGGUCUCGGGGCUGUCCAAACGCACCACCUGCGCGGAUGUUGUAAAAGUUCUACUGGAGGACCACAACUUGCCACAAGGUGCGUCAGCGGCGAUGCAGUCUGGGACCCCCCAGUCUUACUGCAUUGUGGAGAAAUGGAGAGGCUUUGAGAGGAUGUUACCCAAUAAAACCAAAAUCCUGCGUCUCUGGAGCGCCUGGGGAGACGAGCAGGAAAACGUGAGGUUUGUGUUGGUGAAGAAUGAGGCAUCGUUACCGAACAACGGACCCAGGAGCGCCGAGGCGCGAGUCGUUCAGAGCAAAGACAAUCCGUGCGUAUUCAAGGGAGCAGCCAAGACCACAAUGGCUUUCUCGCAAGAAAAGCAGCGGAGGAUUGUUAGAAAAGCUUUUAGAAAGUUGGACAAAAUUAACAAAAAGAGAGAAGAGACUUUUCCCAAGGAUAAAUCCUCAGUGGAGAAAUUGGAAACGUUUGUGCACUUGGUUAUCUCGCAAGAUCACACCAUCCGCCAGCAGAUCCAAAGGAUCAAAGAGUUGGAUAGGGAUAUAGAGAUGUAUGAGGCAAAAGUGCACUUUGACAGAAUUAAGAGACAUGGUAUCAAUUAUGUGCAGGACACAUACAUGGAGGAAUCGAGCGUGGAGGCUGAUCCAAUAGAGGACGUUCCACGUUCAGCGGAGGCUAUUGCGCAGUUUGAGGAGUACGCUCUUAGGUGCGAGGAGGUCCUGCGACUUCAGGAGGAGUUGACAGAGCGCGAGGCUCUCGUGGAAUGCAUCACAGGUGAAAUUCAGGAGGAGCUAAACCAAAGGUGGAUGAAAAGACGGCAAGAUGAGCUGUCGGGCAAAGACACAGAACGUUUUGGGGAGUCUGUGGACAUCCCCGUAGCUGCAGUGGCUCCACAGCCGGCAGCACAGUCAGGCGCCGCCGCCCCAGAGCCAGAUGUGAACAGUCUAUCACAGAACGACUUGGUUUUAGAGGGGAAGAUAAUCAAAUCAAAGCUGGAUACCAGUUUAUAUAUUGGUCUUCGUUUAAACACGGAUUUAGAGGCUGUUAAGGGUGAUUUGGACUUAAGCCAGGAGCUAUGGGACGCGAAAGAAAAAGAACUAACGGAUUUGCUCGCAAAAAUGCACUCUAUGAAUUUAAAUAAGGAAAAGUUACCCGAGGCUGAUAAAGAACACUCUGGUAUCACUGAAACUGACAUGUUGCCUUCCUUGGAGAAGAGCAGUGGGUGGGUGGAGCAGACCAGAGGUCUGUCCAAGACCUGCGACAUGAACGACGAAGAUUCAGACACGGGGCUGAGCUCCAUGCAUAGCCAGGACUCUGACAAUACACCUGUGUGUGAAUCACUGGUGUAGCCAACUCUUUAUUGAACUGUUGAAAAUAUGCAACGCAAACUCAGGGACAGUGGAAUUCUCUACACUAAACAAUAUGUUUCUCCGUUUCCUUCAAAAGGAUUCAGCAUGGACACCGUACAUAUAUGAUAGUCAACUCACUCCACAAUAGCUUGUCUUUAAAUAGGCCACUCUCAGAUAUUCAGCCAGCAUAGACAAGCAAUAGAAUUUACGAUCAUAUUAUGCCAAUUGUGCUGAAAUCCUGACAAAAGUUGUGGAAAGUUGCUAUGCUGUUUCUGUGUCACAAGUACUAUUUAUCAGAAAGUGUUUAGAAUUAGUGAAAACAACAACUGCAUUGAACUGCAAAGACCCACAUCACUAUGAACAUUCAACUAAUAAACAUACAGGUUACUGUGGAAAUAAAGUAUUAACCAAUAUUGAUCUGUUUGAUUUAGUACAUGCAUAAGUAGGACACAUGAUUUAAGAGUUGGCUAUGCAAAUCACACAUUUCAUUUGCAUUGGAAUUAGUCCUACCUCACGAGAAAGUCAAAAAUGGUAGAUAGAUGUUUUCCAUCCUUUGGGGGUGUGUGAUGUGUGUGUGUCAUGUUCUGCUGUUUUUAAUUGGAGUCUGUGGAGUAGCAGAGCAUGAACUUCUGCAGUAAUGAUGAUUAGUGUAAAUGCAUACCUUUUUACUAAACUGUUUCACUAACAGAGCAAACUGUUCACUAUUAACCAAGCGAGGGAAUUCCAGACAUUUUCACUGUUAUGUUUGUCAUUUUCAUUCCAAACUUUUCACUGUACUCUGAAGUGGGUGUUCAAAAAGUUGGAUAGAUGCCAGUGCAUUAAACUGCAACUCUAUUCA